CCCGCCUCUCACAUUGUCUUUUGUUCCAACUUGUGCCAGUGAUUUUGAAUUGUAACACGCACCGAAGUUGGCCUCUGUUCACCCAUUCACCAUAUAACACUUGUGUCUUUUAUAAUAGAGGUCCGGACUGGUAUAUUGUGAAGCACCGAGCAAGUUCAAGGCAACGAUGCAAUCAGUCACUUCUAGUCUCUCGGCGUCGUUCACAAGGCCACCUCGCUAUAUAAUGCUCAUGAUUCUCUUUCUGCACCUUUCCAGAGACUGCUUCUCGCACUGCUUUAGCGACAAGUAUCUGGAGAAUAUACUCAGUUGCAUCAACUAUGUCCGUCUUGGAUUUUCCGCAGUACACUGAUGGCGACGUUAAGCUCACCAUCCACCCAGAUGGUUACCGCUUGCAUUCGAACAGGCUCUGCGAACACUCAAGGGUUCUGAGGUGCCUGCUAGGACCGCCAAACGAAGUCUCCCCACUGCCACAUAUCCAGGGAAUGGAUAAUUUGGGUGUUUAUAAUCUUUAUCUUAUUGGCGAAGCUGCCCACAAGUUCGGGGUCUUCCAGCUUCAGGUAAGUAGACGCCCUAUGAUCAGAGUGCCCCGUCAGUUUACGAGUGAAACCAGAGGUUUUCAGGCUGUGGAUUACAUCCCAGUCUGGCCUAUGAAAACCCGUCGGUGUUGGGAGAACAUCUUUAGGAUGUUUUAUUUGCUGCCGCCAGUUCUCCACGAUGAUGGACCGGAGAAAAACUUUCUUGACAACAGUUGGAGAGUUGUUGAGCUAGCAUCGGAGAUCGAGGCGGAAGAUUAUAUCUUUCCUAUCCUCGGCGCAGCGCUGGAGGGCUACGAGCAGGAGCUGUAUUAUUCUAUCUCGAAUGACCCGAUCGGUUGGGUGAACCUGGCCGUACGAAUCCAGUCAGCCACGAUCUUCAAAGAAAGUAUUAUUCAUAUUGUUGGCCGCUGGAAUUACGUGACGGUUGAGGGCCACGCUUUGCUCCCUGGUCAGAUCCGUGAGCUUUGUGAGAGAAAACAUAGAGAUCUGCAAUACGACAAAUGGAUGAUAGAAAUGAACAUCCUCAACCACCCCGUCGCUGAUCCACAUGAUAGAGACAUCUACAUGUGGAUGGCCAAAGCAUUUUAUCAGCAGUGGCUAGGCAACUCCAUUGCUGAAAAAAAGACAUACCGUUCUUUGGAUGGUGGGGCUGCCUUCUACCGCGCCAUCAAUGCUGGUGGCAAUGCCUAUCUUCCAAUAACCGAUCCCCAGACCAACCUCAUCUUACUGCCCAUUAGACAAGACGAGGUUACACUCGUCGAAAACCGCCUGAAUGUCUUGAAGAAUGCUGUAAAGCAUCUGGUUGAUAACCUACUUCGGAACAGAUCGCGGUUCAACCCCUUAGUAUGGGGCGAUUUACAUUAUUUGACAUGUUGUGAAGUCAAUCAGCAUGACAUCCCUUGGCUGGCAGAUAGGGCUGCACAUGAAGAUGUAGCUCUUAUGCAUACCAUGAACCCUGCUGUGCCCCUAAUGUACAGGGACAAUAUUCAAAUGGAGACACGUCAAAUCCACACGCCUCGCAUCCCCCAGAUACUUAUCGAGAACCCUUUGCCGGAGAACAAUCCCCAGAUAGUUACCCAGCGUCUCGCAUCUCCCUACUCCCCAUCACUGGAAAUAUCCCCUGAUCGCAGCUCUAGUCAGCCCCGGAGUGAGCUGACCUACGCUGUCCAUGAGCCUGACUUGUCAUCGGAUAACUCUCAAAGCAGCUUCAUCAGCCCGCCUCAGUGGGAUGAAGAGGAUGAUUCAACGGCGCGAACUGAAGCCGAGCACCCAGUGAUACCGGCUUUCGAUGAUUUUAUACAGACAUAUCCCGAGAUGUUAAGUGGAGGAGAUAUUACCUUGGUAAACUAUGCGAGCCCUGCCUUCAUGUCUUCCAAUGUCAAUGUUUAAAGCCACGGACAUAAUACUCAGCACGAUGGCUGAGAGUUUGGCUGUACUGUUUGUCUACAGCAGUGUCUUUUAAUUCUGUGCUUCGGACUUUUCUUUGUUUUGCUACUUCUUUUUCGAUUACAUUCUCCUCUGUUUUACUAUGUUCGUUAUCAUGUCUAGGUUUCUCAAAUUCGGAGUUUUGUUUUCUUCAAUCUUCUCUGAUCUACUAUGUUUAUUUUCAUGUCUCGGUUUCUUGUUUUCUGGCUCUUGUCUUUUCUCCUGUACAUCAAGUUCAAUGGUCCCUUACGGCGCAGUAAGGCUUCUUUCGGCGCAGUAUUCCACUGGCCAUCACGCAUCUAUCUCAUGGUCAUACCUCUUACCACAAAGACCAGACUCAUAAUACCAGCACAAACAGAAUUCCG